AGAGGGUCGAAAAUACAAACUGUCCGUACUAAAUACGAACGUCUGGUAACCCUAUCUAAGACCUUUCUUUUUUUUUUGAGCUUUGUAUUUCGUUGAAGCCCCUGACCUUUGUGUUUAGAAAGAACAACUAACUUGGGUCAAGCCAUAGAUAAGACAUUGCUGUUUGAAUCUAGACAGUAUUUGCAACAGUACGACAGUUGUGACAACAUGGCGUUUAAAGUGUACUGUGUCUUUCUCCUUGGUGUUUGUCUACAGCUCUCCGCGCAGCAAAGCCGUGAGUCAAAUCACUUUGCCCAUUUCAUUUAUCCAUCUUUGAUUAUUUAUCUGUGUUCGUUGCUACAUGAUACAAGUCAUUAUAAUCUACAAGAGAGAUUGCACAAACUAUUCUUCCCAUACUUUAAGGGUAUUUUCAUGCAACUUGUUAAGCCACUAAGUCGGUCAGUGACAAGUUUGUCUAUUGUUGUUCCACUCAGUGGGUCAGUGACGAGCUCAAUAUGAAGAACUAAAUUAUUCUCAGUUACCAACGAUUCAUCAGAGUGACCUUAGGUUUGUUUCCAGUGGAAAUCAAUCAUCCGUUUAAAAAAAACACAAAAAAAACAAAAACAAAACAACUCAACACUAAGUUAUAAUAAAACUUGUCUUGAUUCUUUUCGCGUCCAGCCAAUUUUCGACUUGCUAUUUCAGCGGACUACUGCAGCCUAGCUCCAGUGUCUGGGAUGUGUGAGGCGUACAUUCCAAGCUUCUACUACAACCCCACCUAUGGAUCCUGCAUGAAAUUUAUUUACGGCGGGUGUGGGGGAAACCAAAAUCGGUUUAGCACAGCAGUCGAGUGCGAGACUGUCUGCAAGCCACAGGGCGCGCUCUAGUUCAUCUACAAACCAACUGCACUCACAUCUGAAAAGAUGAACUGUCUCUUGAAAUAAAUUUAGCUUUAAAAAACAGAUUACAGCUGUUAUUUAUGUGUGGGCUGAUAAGUGAUACAAUAAAAUACAUAUUUUUUAACAUAUCAAAAUGAAAUUACUGCCUAUUUAAAAAACAACGAAUCAUAGAAAGCAGUAAGUGACGAAAACAAUAUAUGAAACAUUAAUAAGAACAAAUCGGCUCAAAGGCUUUGUUAGGUGCUAACAGAUGACUGAUAAAACAAAUGAACAUAUCUUUACAAGUGAGGGCUACUGGAUAAAUAGCACGUGCUCUAUUUUGACCAGGUAUCCAAGUCUAAAAAUAGAGAUAGACACAAUGAGAGAAUUGAUGACACACACACACACACCAUCAUCGAAAGACGGG